GUAGGCAUGAACGGGACAACCGACACGGCAUCGGCGAUCAAUGCUUCUUACGGGUGUGCCCACUUUUUACCUUAGGUUUCCCGUUGCAUUUUCCUUCGUUCGGUUUAUCGCGUCAUAUCGUCACAGAAAGUGAGUUAUUUUUUGCGCCGGAGCGACGCGUUCCUCACAGAACUCAUGGGUAUCGCUGUCUCACGGUUUUGAUAGACGAAAACGUCCGUAUCCGCAAAAUCCGCGCGGUGAAAACGAGGAGUGAGAUCAUCGUGUGACAACAUCGUUAUAGUCCGCAGCUUGAUUUCCAUAUCCCGAAUUGCUGUUUUAGCUUUCUGAACUUACCAACAUACGAAAUAAACAUGAGACCCAUCGUGUGUAUUGUUCUUGUACUGAUACUUGGUACAUCGGCUAUAAUUCAAUCACCACCGCGGAUAUCUAAGCAACCACCAACAGAUGAGCAAUUAUUUCAAGUUAGUCAAGCAAAGAUCAAUGAGAAUGAUAAACCAUUUUUAAUUGAAUGCGAAGCAGAAGGAGAACCAGCUCCAAAGUAUCAUUGGAUUAAAAAUGGCAAAAAAUUCGAGUGGCCGGCGUAUGAUGAUCGCAUCUCUCAACAGCCUGGUAGAGGCACCUUGGUGAUCUCAAGACCGAGAGACGAAGAUUUAGGACAGUAUCAAUGUUUUGCCGAGAAUGAGUGGGGGAUAGCUACAUCGAAUUCGGUGUUCGUUCGAAAAGCCGAAUUAAAUUCGUUCAAGGACGAAACUCCGGUGACUGUGGAUGCGACCGAAGGAUCUCCGUUCAAACUUACCUGCCAUCCGCCUGAUGGUUGGCCUAAGCCAAACGUUUAUUGGCUGAUUCAGGAUAUCGCUGGUGGUAUCAAGUCAAUCAAUAAUUCAAGAAUGACUCUGGAUCCGGAAGGAAAUCUCUGGUUCAGUAAUGUCACAAAAAAUGAUGCUUCGGAUGAUUUUUACUACGCCUGUGCUGCCACAUCUGUGUUCAGAAACGAAUACAAAUUAGGCAAUAAAGUUUUGCUACAUGUACUUUCUACUGGCGCGUCUACCGGUCAAAAUAAACAUCCUCCCGCGAGACAAUACGUAACCAGAAAAAAUGAAGUUGCUCUGCGCGGCAAGAAGGUAGAGCUGUAUUGCAUAUUCGGAGGAACACCUUUGCCACAGAUCGUUUGGAGUAAAAACGGCCACUCAAUUUUGCCGUCUGAGAAAAUAACUCAAGGAAAUUACGGUAAAUCUCUCAUCAUAAAACAUGUUAAUUUCGAGGACGAGGGAACGUAUACUUGCGAAGCAUCGAAUGGAGUAGGAACAGCUCAAUCGUAUUCCAUAAAUCUGCAAGUAAUGGCGGUGCCGUAUUUCACCAUCGAGCCGGAAUUUGUGAACGCUGCAGAAGACGAAACUGUGGAGAUCAGAUGCGAAGCCAGUGGAGUGCCCGUUCCUGAGAUUAAGUGGAUUCACAACGGCAAGCCAAUAUCUAAGGCACCACCGAAUAGCAGAAGGAAAGUUACGUCGAAUUCCAUCAUCAUUGAAAAGCUGGUGAAAACAGAUACAGGAAACUACGGAUGCAACGCUACCAAUUCAUUGGGAUAUGUUUACAAAGAUGUGUAUAUCAACGUGUUGGCUUUGGAGCCGGACAUCACGCAACCACCUACGGACAUGAGCACGGUCGAUGGCAGACCUGUGCGAAUUACAUGCCGCGUUUUCGGUGCGCCUAAACCCGAAGUAAAAUGGAUUAAAAAUGGACAGGAACUAACUGGCGGUCGUUACAAGACUUUGGACACUGGCGAUUUGGAGAUCGAAAAUGUAAUUUUCUCGGAUGCGGGUGUUUACACCUGUCACGCUUCCAAUAAGUUGGGCGAGAUUGAUGCAUCCGCCGAAUUGGUGGUAAAAGAGCACACCAGGAUAACGGACGAGCCAGAAGAUUACGAAGUCGCAGCGGGUUCUACUGCCACAUUUAGAUGCAACGCUGUCGCUGAUCCCAGUUUACCACUGACCAUAGAGUGGCUAGCCAAUGGCGAAUCAAUAGAUUUUGAAAUGGAACCGAGAUUUGUAAAAAGUUCCGAUUAUUCUCUAAUGAUCACAAAGACGACUGAACUUGAUUCUGGUACUUACACAUGUGUCGCACACACCGACUUGGAUAGCGCGAAAGCACAAGCAACACUGAUAGUACAGGAUGUACCAAAUGCGCCUAGAUUGGUCGGCGUCAACUGUUUGUCAAAUGAUGCUUUUGUUCGGUGGAUACCCAUGGGAGAUAACAGGGCUCCCAUUCUACGCUACACUAUCCAGCACAAUACCAGCUUCACACCAGACGUUUGGGAGAUAUCUAAAGAUUUUGUUUCAUCUACUGACCAGGCAUUUACAGUGCCUAUGACACCUUGGGCUAAUUAUACGUUCCGCGUUAUCGCAUGGAAUAAAAUAGGCCCGUCUCUGCCGUCACCACACAGCGAUGUUUGCUCCACUUUACCGGAUGUUCCUUAUAAAAAUCCGGACAAUGUUAGAGGCAAUGGCACUACGCCGCAAAAUUUGGUUAUUUCCUGGACGACCAUGCCACAAAUAGAACAUAAUGCUCCUAGAUUCAUGUAUAGAGUGUAUUAUAAGAGGGAUAUACCCGGUGAUAAUUGGAUUAUACAAGACAUAAACGACUGGAAGAAAAACAGCUUAGUGGUAGAUAACCAACCUACUUAUCAGCGUUAUAAGAUCAAAGUUGUAGCGAUAAACGAAAAAGGAGAGAGUAGAACUCCAGCGGAAGAGAUUAUCGGAUAUUCCGGAGAAGACGUUCCCCUACAAGCACCUGGCAAUUUUACUUUGAAAAACGUAAACUCGAGUACAACAGCUUUGCUGUCCUGGAGUCCGGUACCUGAAGAUACGGUGAGGGGUGAACUUCAAGGAUAUAAAAUUCAGACUUGGACAGAGAAGGAUGGCGAGAGAGGAAUGCGUGAAAUUGAUGUUCGCGGUGGAAACAAGACACACGCUUUAAUUACUAAGUUUGUCCCAUACAGCAAGAAUUUUGUGAAGAUACUCGCUUAUAAUGGCAGACACGACGGUCCGGCAUCUGAAAUUUUGAGCUUUGAUACACCGGAAGGUAUCCCAGGACCAGUACUUAGUUUAGAAGCAUUUCCAAUGGGAUCUAGUGCUCUGUUCCUUGUGUGGACGCGGCCUGCAGAACCCAACGGUGUUCUAACCGGAUAUAGGAUUUACUAUCGGAUCGUGAACGGCACAAAAUUGGAGCCUUUGUUGGAAAGGAAGCCGCAGAUUACAGAUCCAGGAGCUACAAGUGCCAAAUUAGCGGCGUUAGCUCCUGAUACAAAAUAUCGUGUUCACGUACGUGCAACAACCAAAGUUGGUGAAGGUGACGACUUCUUUAUUGAACAAAAGACGCGAACUUCUCAGCGGCCCGAUAUUCCACAAUUUACAUGGGAAACCGUAUCAGUGGAGAAUGGAUAUUCAAACGUGAAAGUUAUUUGGCUACCGAAUUUAAACGGCAUUCCUGGAAGUCACUUUUUCGUCAAGUACAAGCUCAGAGGAGAAACAAUAUCUACAUUGUCGGAUCCUGAGUUCCAAUUGGAUACUAUUGAGAUUCGUGGUCUUCAAAGUGGUGAAGUCUAUGUGAUGUCGGUUGUUGCGGUUGAUGGAGAUUAUAUGACCGAGAGCGCUUCUCAAGAAGUAGAGACGAGUAGUGAGGGACCCAUUAUACAGCCGAAGGAAAAUGUCGCGACAGCCGGCUGGUUUAUAGGAAUGAUGCUAGCAAUCGCUAUUCUUCUCUUGAUACUGAUAGUUGUUUGCGUUAUUAAGCGAAAUAGAGGUGGAAAGUACGCGGUACAUGAGCGAGAACUGGCUGCCGGACGUGCUGAUUAUCCUGACGAAGGUGGAUUUCAUGAGUAUUCACAACCAUUAGACACCAAAUCAGCUGGCGGACGCGCGUCUUUAGCAUCGUCAUCUCACCAGGAUAGUAAACACCCUGAAUCUGAUACCGAUUCUAUGGCGGAGUACGGUGACGGGGAUACAGGACGCUUCACGGAAGAUGGAUCCUUCAUAGGGCAAUAUGGACCUAAAGGUAGACCAGAAGAAACACCACCUAUUCCAACUGGUACUAUGGCCACGUACGUGUAACAUCUGCAACUUUCUUAAUCAAAGCCACAUAAAAAAAUGUCCUCUUGUUAGGCUUAAGGAUCUCUCGAUCCUAUUUGCCUACUUGCAGCAGCUCUGCUAUGCACCUUGCGCUGGGCGCAACGUCUAACACUAUACUGCCAAUUAGAAUCUCUGGUUUUGGGUUUUAUACUUUUUGGAGAAACUGGUUUUUUCUUUUCUCUUUUUUUUACAUUACAGGACACUGUAAAUUUCCGAUGUGUAAUAAUUGAAUAAUGAAUUGAAAAUGAUUUUUAUUUUCUGAAACAUCAUUAACAUUUUUGUUUUGUUUUUUUUUACUUGACGAAUAUUAAGAAGUAGCACAUGAAAAAUCUGUUUUUGUUAUUUGUUCUUUUUAUAUAUUUAUUUCACUAUAAAGAGAAUGCUCACUGUGCGUCAAGCUCUCUAUUGUAAUUAUAAAACCCAAAAACUAUAAAUGUUUCAUAGCGUGCAAGCUAUUUAUGGAAAUAGUACCGUAGAAACUAUUCUAGCAUUGAUCGUAAUUACUUGACAGAGCCAGGUUGAGCAAGACACUUCGAGUGGCGAGAACUGCAUUUGGUUAUUCCAAAUUUGUGACACAUAAGUAUUUUUAAGACUGCAUGUAAUAUAUUCUACAUAUGCUGUGUAGUAUUUUCUAUAUACAUAUAUAUAUUAUAGCAUAUUAUAUAUCUUACAACAUAAAUGCGCGCGCGUUAAUUUU